AUGGUUGGGCAGAGAAUAGCAAACUCUUUACUGAAGAGAUCCGCCUUUUCGUCGGCUUUGAACGUGCUGCCCAAUGAGGCGACAACGGCUACGGCCGCCCUACUAGAGCCCACGAUCCAGCAGCAGCAGGCGGUAAAUGAACAGUUCUCCCAUGCCAGACCGUACACCGAUGUGCCGGGCCCGAAGGGAUUGCCGAUGAUAGGGAACUCGUGGCGCUUUGCUCCAAUUAUUGGUCAGUACAAGAUCGAGGAUCUGGACAAGGUGAUGCAGGAUCUCCACCGGCAGUAUGGGCGCAUCGCGAAGGUGAACGGACUGAUCGGACAUCCGGACCUGCUGUUCGUGUUCGAUGCCGACCUAAUACGGGACACGUUCAAGAAGGAGGAAGUGCAACCACACCGGCCGGCGAUGCCGUCGCUUCGGAACUACAAAUCGAAGCUGCGGAAAGAUUUCUUCGGUGACAAUAUGGGGCUGAUCGGUGUUCAUGGCGAAAAAUGGGAUGCCUUUCGGGCGCAAGUCCAGCAGGUGAUGCUGCAACCAUCCACCGCCAAAAAAUACAUCGCACCGUUAGACGAGAUAUCAUGCGAUUUCAUGGACAGGAUCCAAGAGAUGCGUGACGAAAAUAACGAGCUGCCGGGAGAUUUUCUGCACGAGCUGUACAAGUGGGCGCUAGAGUCAAUCGGACGAGUGGCGCUCGACACACGUCUCGGCUGUGUGUCGAAGGAUGGCAACGACGAGUCGAAGCGCAUCAUUAAUUCCAUCAACACCUUCUUCUGGACCGUGGCGGAGGUCGAGCUGCGGAUGCCCAUCUGGCGCAUCUACGAGACAACGGCGUACAAAAACUACAUCGGUGCUUUGGACACAUUCCGAGAACUUUGCAUGCGGCACAUCAAUAUUGCUAUGGAGAAGAUGAACAACAGCACCGAGCAGAAGAGCGAAGAGUGUAUCUCGCUCGUCGAAAGAAUUCUACAAAAGACAAACAAUCCAAAGAUUGCGGCAGUCCUUGCGCUCGAUCUGAUUAUGGUUGGCGUGGAUACGACAUCCGUUGCGGCGACAUCUACGAUUUACCAGCUCAGCCAAAACCCGGACAAGCAGGAGAUCCUGUUCAACGAGAUCAAGCGCAGUAUGCCGUCGCCGGACACAAAGUUUACGAUAUCGAUGCUCGAAACCAUGCCUUAUCUCAGGGCCUGCAUCAAGGAAACGCUGCGUAUGUAUCCGGUUGUUAUCGGAAACGGGCGCAGCUUACAGACAGAUGCCGUCAUCGGUGGUUACCAUAUACCGAAGGGGACGCACGUCAUAUUCCCCCAUCUGGUCGUUUCGAAUCUGGAACAGUAUUUCCCGGAACCCGAUCGAUUCAUUCCGGAGCGAUGGCUGAAGCGGGGUGAACUUAAGGAACAUUCCGGUUGCCCACACGCCGGCCAGAAGAUUCAUCCGUACGUGAGCUUGCCGUUCGGUUACGGACGGCGGACCUGCAUCGGUCGGCGGUUUGCCGAAUGCGAGCUACAGAUACUUCUCUCCAAGCUCUUCCGGCGGUAUCAGGUGGAGUACAACUACGAGAAGCUUACGUACAAGGUGAAUCCCACCUACAUUCCCGAUAAACCGCUGAAAUUUAAGCUGACAGAGCGGAGCAACUAG